AUGACCCCCCAUAAGACGUGUGUAUACUUUGCCAAUUGGUCAGUGUACCAGCGGAAACACUUUGCAGUCGAUAUAGCAGUCAAGCAUGUGACCCACCUCUUCUAUGCGUUUGUUACCAUCGAUGUCGCCACGGGAUCAGUCAAGCUAAGCGACGAAUGGUGUGACAAACAGCUUCCCUUGGAAUCGCCCAGCCAGCCAGGCUCACAAGUCACAGGCAGCUUGCAGCAGAUCUUCCAGCUCAAGCAAUUGAACCGUAACCUCAAGCUGGUGAUGUCCAUUGGCGGGUGGGGAACCGAGCACUUGUUCCAGGCAGUGGUGGCAGAUCCCAACAAGCUCGACAGAUUCGUGGACACAGCAGUGCAGUUUGUGGUGGAGUACGGCUUCGACGGCAUCGAUAUCGACUGGGAGUACCCCAAAUCUCGCCAGGAAAGUCUUAUGCUACAGCAGCUUCUUCACAGAGUCCGCUUGCGCUUGGACACCGUUGCUUCCGACUUGAUUUUGACGAUAGCAGCGCCAGCAGGCAACGAGAACAUUGACGUGCUUGAUCUUGCCGGAAUCGACCGCUACUUAAGUUUCUGGAACGUGAUGUGCUAUGACUACGCCGGGUCAGGCUGGUCCAGCAAAACGGGCUUCCAUUCGAACUUGUUCGGCAAUAAUGGCGACAACGAUUUAUGCACCAGUGGGGUUAUCAAUCGGUACAUCCAGGGCGGAGUCCCAGCAAGUAAGCUCGUGAUGGGUAUGCCAAUGUAUGGUCGGUCAUUUAAUGGCGUGAUCAAAGGGGAAAUUGGCCAGGCAUUCUCUAAGGAUGGCGGAGGUAACGACACUCUCGACUACAAGACCCUCCCUGUGGGGAAGGAGUACUUUGAUUACAAAAAGGUGGCCGCAUACUGCUACGACGAAAGUGCCAAAAAAUGGGUUUCCUACGAUAAUCACCAGUCGGCACGUAUAAAAGCCAAAUAUGCUGAGCUGAAUGGAUUGGGAGGAGGCAUGUGGUGGGAUUCUUGUGGCGAAAACGUCGAUCCCGACAGAUCGUUGAUCAUCAACUAUGUUGACCAGGUUGGUGGAUUUGACAAGUUGGAACAAGCCUCGAAUCAUCUAGAUAUUUACGCAUCUAGUUCUUAUCUAAAGGAAUUGCUAAAGUAG